CUCAACCCUACCUCGAACGGAUCAUCCCCUGAAUCCGACGGCCACGGUUCGCCCGGGCACGCGCCCCGUUACCCAGCUAGGCCACAUCAGGGCCUCGGAACGGUUCUUUAGUGGGCCGGUGGCCAGCUCUACCCUCCGACACUUGGAAAGACCUUUUAAUCCACGAAUUUUUCUGUUUUUUUAUUUUUUAUCCUCAUCUUCUUCAGACAUCAAAACCACCGGCUUGACAUUAUUGUCAGCUAGCGCCGAAGAAGGAACUCGGGGAAUUUUUCAGUUUUGUUUUCUCCAAAAUUAAUGAUUUUUUCUUUAUACCCUCCUCCAUUAAGCCGAUCGAACUGAAACCGAAGGAUUUCGGAAGCGAAAUUCCUGCUGAUGAUUGAGUAAUUAAUACCGCGAUCCUGUCGUGUUUUUUUUUUUGGUUUUUCUGGUUUGUUCGUUUCUUUUUUUCCAUUUUUUUUCUUUCCGGGGUUCGAGUAGUGGACGAACAAAUUAAAAAAAAAAAAGAAGAAGAGGAAACGAUGUCGUCGACGGCGAUGUCGUCGACGGCGAUGGCCGGGAUAUUGGAGAGCUCGAGGGAGCUCGAUCGGUUGAAGAAGGAGCAGGAGGAUGUGCUCGUGGAGAUCAACAAAUUGCACAAGAAGCUUCAAACUACCCCUGAGGUGGUUGAGAAGCUGGGUGAUACCUCGCUGUCAAAGUUGAAGCACUUGUAUACUCAUGCUAAAGAACUUUCAGAAGCUGAAGUGACGUAUGGUUCUCUCUUGGUUAAUUCUGUCAUGAUGAGUUUCUUUAAGCCACAUCUUAUAACAUGUUUACUUGCACAAUGGGCUUCUACCGUGAUGCUGAAUCAACUGGAUACUCUGCUACUAUCUGGACCUCCUGGGCAACCACGAAGGAAAAUAGAUAGUAAUGAUCAGAAGCGAAAACGGAUGAAGAAUGAUUCAGAAAUCUCCAGGAUGUCUUCUUCCAUGAGAAGCCAACUUGAGGUUUUUGCUAGUCUGAAAGGCCAACAGGUGGCGGCUAGGGUUACAGAAGAUGCUGAUAAGGAUGAGUGGUUCAUUGUGAAAGUGACAAACUUUGACCGAGAGACAAGAGAGUUCGAAGUAUUAGAUGAGGAGCCAGGUGACGACGAAGAAAGUGGAGGUCAAAGGAAAUACAAGGUCCCGGUGUCUCACAUUAUUCCUUUCCCAAAGCAAAAUGAUCCCUCUGGUGCUCAAGAUUUCCCUUCGGGUAGUCAUGUUUUGGCUGUUUAUCCUGGGACAACUGCACUAUACAAAGCAACAGUCGUGAACUCCAGAAAGAGAAAGACAGAGGAUUACUUGUUAGAGUUCGACGACGACGAAGAAGACGGGGCCAUGCCUCAAAGGAACGUACCCUUCUACAACGUGGUUCCUCUGCCCGAAGGACAUCGUCAGUGAGUGCUCAUGAAAAAGCUGUAUAAUAUUCUUAAGAUAGUGUGUAGCCUCAUGUGAGUAACCUAGAGUAGUGUAGUUACCAUUACCGCUCUGCUUUUGCUUAAAAACCCCCUUUGAAUUGUAGUAUCGCGUGGUUUACUCUGUGUUGUGUAGUGAAUUAGAUGUCGAGUUAGCGAAAUAGAAUGGAUGCGAAAGAUAGCGCUGCUCGCUCAUGUUAAGCACGCAAUAAUAAUGUAGCCACUUCAUGGAGG